AUGAGAGUUCUAGAAUGUGUGUUCCUCUUAGCUCUCAUCUCAGGUGAGUUAACUGGAGUUAUUUCUGUCCAGUGUCUCACGAGAGGAGCGGUGUGGUGGGUCAUGUUCAUCUAAACUCUCUGUCUGUUUUCAGCUGUUCAGGGGCAGUCACUCACCUCCUCUGAGUCAGUGGUGAACAGACCUGGAGAGCCAGUGACUUUUUUUAAAAACCUUUAAUUAACUAGGCAAGUCAGUUAAGAACAAAUUCUUAUUUACAAUGACAGACUACACCGGCCAAACUCGGACAACGCUGGGCCAAUUGUGCGCCGCCCUACGGGACUCCCAAUCACGCCCGGUUGUGAUACAGCCUGGAAUCGAACCAAGGAGUCUGUAGUGACGCUUCAAUCACUGAGAUGCAGUGCCUUAGUCCCCCUUGUCCUGUAAAGUGUCUGGAAUCUCCAUGGGUAGCUACUGGAUGCACUGCAUCCAUCAGAAACCAGGAAAAGGACUAGAGUGAAAUGGGCGCAUUGACAGCGGCACUGGCACUAUAUUUCACCAAAGACAACUCCAAAAACCAGCUGUACUUAGAGGUGAAAAGCCUGAAGAUUGAAGACUCUGCAGUUUAUUAUUGUGCCAGAGACACAAUGACACAGGAGCCUGCAGCGCCGUACAAAAACUGAUCAACACAGAUGAGAGGCAAUGAGGCACGUCUGUUCUUUAUACACACACACACACACACACUCCUCAACAGUAGUGGAAAACAGACUGUCCACUGAUACCAAUGUUAUUAACAUAAAACUUCUAAACUAAUUAUAAACAGUUAAAAGCACACUAUUUACAUUAACACAGAAGUACAUUUUAUGCAAUUCAGAAUUCAUAUUAGAUAUUACGUUUUGAGCAUCUUUGGACAGAAUUAUAUUAAUGUGAUCAGCAAACAGAAAUACACUUAAACUAAAAACAGUAAUGAACCAAUUAUAGAUCCUUGGGGAACUCCACAAUAGACUCCCAAGAGGGAAUAUUAAUUGUAUUGUCCCACAUAGGUAAAUAUUCUUCUUUCUGUGCUGUUCAGCAUUUUAUUAAAAAAAAAAAACAUAUCUGAGUUUGGGAAACUGUGAUGAGUGUGAUGGAAGGAGUCAGGCGCAGGAGGAUAGUCACCGAAUACAGAGUUUAUUCUUUCGUAGACAUACAAAUGCGCUCCAAUAGCGAUAAACGAAACAGGCACAGGGGAAACUAUCAUCCCUGGCAAAUACACUGUAACGGAUAUCCAAUAAUACAUAGGCACAGGGGAAAAUCUACCUUGGCAACAAAAUGUUACGAGUAGCUCCACCGAGCUACACUACUCUCACAAAUAACAAUCACCCACAAGGACAAGGGGGCAGAGGGAACACUUAUACACAGACUAAUUAGGGGAUUAGAACCAGGUGUGUAUGAUUGACAAGACAAGACAAUUGUGAUGAUGAUUGGGGCGGCAGUGGUUAGUAAGCCGGUGACGAUGAACGCCGAAGCCUGCCCGAACAAGGAGGGGAGGCAGCCUCGGCCGAAGUCGUGACAGUACCACCCCUUGACGCGCAGAUCCAGCAGCACGCCGACCCCGGCCUCUGAGACGGCCAGGAGGAGCAGGGUGAGCCUUAUGGCGACGGUGGUAAUCCCGCAACAGGGAGGGAUCGAGGAUAUCCCUCACCGGGACCCAGCACCGUUCCUCCGGACCGUACCCUUCCCACUCCAUGAGGUACUGAAGGCCCCCCACCCGACGCCUCGAAUCCAGGAUGGAACGGACAGAGUACGCCGGGGCCCCCUCGAUGUCCAGAGGAGGUGGAGGAACCUCCCGCACCUCAGACUCCUGGAGCGGACCAACCACUACCGGCCUGAGGAGAGACACAUGAAACGAGGGGUUAAUACGGUAAUCAGGGGGAAGUAAUAACCUAUACGUGACCUCGUUGAUUCGCCUCAGGACUUUGAACGGCCCCACAAACCGCAGGCUCAGCUUCCGGCAGGGCAGGCGGAGGGGCAGAUUCCGGGUCGAGAGCCAGACCCGAUCCCCCGGUACGAAGACCGGGGCCUCACUGCGGUGACGGUCAGCGUUGGCCUUCUGACGAUGCACUGCGAGCUGGAGGUGAACGUGGGCAGCUUUCCACGUCUCCUCCGCACGCCGAAACCAGUCAUCCACCACAGGAGUCUCGGUCUGGCUCUGGUGCCACAGUGCCAGAACCGGUUGGUAAUCUAAAACACAUUGUAAUGGAGUUAGGUUAGUAGAGGAGUGAAGGAGAGAGUUCUGGGCAUAUUCUGCCCAUGGCAAGAACACCGACCACUCCCCCGGCCGGUCCUGGCAGUAGGACCGCAGGAACCUACCCACAUCCUGAUUUACCCGUUUCACCUGCCAAUUUGACUCGAGGUGGAACCCAGAGGUCAGGCUGACCGAUACUCCCAAACGUUCCAUGAAUGCCUUCCAAACCUUUGACGUGAACUGGGGACCUCGGUCGGACACUAUAUCCUCUGGCACCCCGUAGUGCCGGAAGACGUGAGUAAACAGGGCCUCUGCAGUCUGCAGGGCCGUGGGGAGACCGGGCAGAUGAAGGAGGCUGCAGGACUUGGAGAAGCUGUCCACAACGACCAGGAUGGUGGUGUUACCUUGGGAGAGGGGAAGAUCGGUCAAGAAAUCAAUACUAAGAGGAGACCAUGGUCGUUGUGGAACUGGUAAAGUUUGUAGCUUACCCGCUGGGAGGUGCCUAGGUGCCUUACUCUGGUCGCACACCGAGCAGGAGGAGACGUACACCCUCAAGUCCUUAGCCAAGGUAGGCCACCAGUACUUUCCGAUCAAGCAGCACACUGUACGACCGAUACCUGGGUGACCAGAGGAGGGUGACAAGUGUGCCCAGAAGAUCAGAAGAUCACCGAUAAGAGCAGGCAUGUACCGCAGCCCACCUGGACACUGCGGUGGAGAUGGAUCUGUGUGUAAUGCCUGCUCUAUAUCCGCGUCCAUAUACCAUACUACCGGCGCCACAAUAAAGGAGGCCGGCAGAAUGGGGGUGUUGUCUCUGGGCCUCUCCUCUGUGUCAUACAGCCGGGACAGUGCGUCUGCCUUCACGUUCUUUGUACCCUGAAUGUAUGACAGUGUAAAAUCAAACCGGGUGAAGAAUAGGGCCCACCUGGUCUGGCGAGGCUUCAGACUCCUCGCUGCCCGGAUGUACUCCAGGUUACGGUGGUCCGUCCAAAUGAGGAAAGGGUGUUUUGCCCCUUCGAGCCAAUGCCUCCACACGGUCAAAGCUCGGACAAAAGCCAACAGCUCCCGAUCACCAACGUCGUAGUUCUGCUCCGCCGGUCUGAGCUUCUUAGAGAAGAAGGCACAGGGGCGGAGCUUGGGUGGCGUGCCCGAGCGUUGGGACAGGAGAGCACCUAUCCCUACCUCAGACACAUUCACCUCCACUACGAACAGUAGUGAUUGAAUGGGCUGGGCCAGUACCGGAGCUGAGGUCAAUAGAUCCCGCAGUCUCCUGAAGGCCAGGUCAGCCUCAGCAGACCAGCGGAGCCGGGACGGCCCACCCUUCAACAGGGGGAGCUGCAACCUUGCCAAAGCCCCGGAUAAACCUCCGAUAGUAGUUAGCAAAGCCAAGGAAGCGCUGCACCUCCUUAACUGUGGUUUGAGUCGGCCAAUUACGCACGGCUGAAAUGCGAUCUCCCUCCAUCUCCACAUCUGAGGUGGUAAUGCGGCAUCCGAGGAAGGAGACGGACUGCUGGAAAAACAUACACUUCUGUGCCUUGGCAUAAAGGUCAUAUUCCAACAGUCGGGACAGCACUUUGCGAACCAGGGACACAUGCUCGGCACGAGUAGCAGAAUACACCAGGAUGUCAUCAAUUUAGACCACAACACCGCGACCAAGCAUGUUCCGAAACACCUCAUUCACAAAGGACUGGAAGAUGGAUGGAGCAUUCAUCAAACCGUAGGGCAUCAACAGGUAUUCUUAAUGUCCCGUGGUUGUGCUGAUUGCUGUCUUCCACUCAUCUCCCUCCCGAACACACACCAGGUUGUAUGCACUCCUGAGAUCUAGCUUAGUGAAGAAGCGCGCCCCAUGCAUUGAUUCAAUCACUGAAGGAAUGAGGGGAAGAGGAUAACUACAUCUAAUCGUCUCCUUGUUCAGUGAUCGAUAAUCAAUGCACGGGCACAGACCACCGUCUUUCUUCUUCACAAAGAAAAAACUUGAGGAGGCGGGUGAAGUGGAGGGAUGUAUAUACCCCUGGCCCAGGGACUCGGAGACGUAUGUUUCCAUAGCCUCCGUUUCAGCCUGCGACAGGGGGUACACAUGACUCCUGGGAGGUACAGCGUCUACCCGAAGGUUUAUCGCGCAAUCCCCCGCCCGAUGAGGUGGUAAUUUAGUUGCACGCAUCCUAGAAAACGCGUGCACCAAAUCGAGGUAUUCAGGGGGAAUGUGCACGGUGGAGGUACUGUCUGGACUUUCCACCGUGGUUGCACCAACGGAAACAUCUAGACACCUACCCUGACACUCUCGCAACCACCCCGUGAGAGCCCUCUGCGGCCAUGAGAGGGUGGGGUUGUGGAGUGCUAGCCACAGGAUACCUAAUACCACAGGGAAAGCAGGAGACUCAAUAAUCAAAAUAAUAACCUGCUCACAGUGUGUCUCCUGGGUGAUCAUGGUGACUGGUAUAGUGACUUCCGUAACAAACCCAGACCCUAAUGGUCGACUAUCGAGUGCUCUGAUGGGGAGUGGAAUGGAUAGGGGAACCAAUGAAAUGCCUUGACGGCGUGCGAAUGGCAAUAAAGUUCCCAGCUGCGGCUGAAUCGACUAGCGCCUUACACUGGGGAACUAGUGGAUAGGUAGGGUACAGUGUGCAGCAGAGGGCUCUGAACAAGUGUGGGUGUUCGAUACCUGGGGUGAUGCGUGAGUGCCCUGCCUGCCGCCUCCAGGCGCUAAAGAACGUUGACUACGACGUGUGGUGUACUGUCCCUUCGUGCAGGGUGGCACUGUCGCUGUCCUCCUCCGCUCUCCCGGCCGGCGGCUCCACCCAGCUCCAUCGGCUCGGGAUCCGAGUCAUCCGGGGUGGAAACGGGCAGACCCCUACCAGGACGUCCUCUGGCUGCCAGCAGGUUGUCCAAACGAAUGGCCAUGUCCACCAGUUUGUUGAAGGACAACAUGGUGUCCCGGCAGGCUAUGGUCGAUCAGGGCCCACUCGUUCCACCCUGACCCCGCUGCCUGCGUCCGAAACUCCAACACGAAGUCCUGCGCGGUCCUCGUCCCCUGCCUCAGGUGGACCAGCUGCUCGCCCACCUCUUGACCCUCGGGCGGGUGAUCGAAGACCGCCCGAAAGAGGCGCGCGAACUCCCCGUAGUCCUCCAACACGGCUCCUUCUUCGUUCCACGCCGCAUUGGCCCACUCCAAGGCUUUCCCACAGAGGCAGGAAACAAGGACAGACACCUUCUCCCGCUCCGAUGGCGCCAGCCUGAUGCUGGAGAAUUACAGCUCCAUUUGGAGGAGGAAUCCCUGGCACAGCGCCGCCGUCCCAUCAAACGCCCGAGGUCGGGAUAUUUGGAUCCCUCCAGGUGCUGCGGUGUAGGUGGCUGGAUCCGGUUGGCCAGCUGAGAUUGGGUCCUCUCCUCUCCAGGCGUUGGACGACCUGAAGAACCCGAUCCAUCACUUCCCCCAAGCUGGCCAGCAUCGUGGAAUGCUCCUGGACCCGUGCCACGACUCCAGGCAUGCGCUCUUCUCCCACUGACUCCAUAGCGGGUGGGUGAUUCUGUGAUGAGUGUGAUGGAAGGAGUCAGGAGCAGGAGGGUAAUCACCGAAUACAGAGUUUAUUCCUUCGUAGACACACAAAUGCGCUCCAAUAGCGAUCAAUGAAACAGGCACAGGGGAAACUAUCAUCCCUGGCAAAUACACUGUAACGGAUAUCCAAUAAUACAUAGGCACAGGGGAAAAUCUACCCUGGCAACAAAAUGUUACGAGUAGCUCCACCGAGCUACACUACUCUCACAAAUAACAAUCACCCACAAGGAGAUAGUCUCCCGAGUGGCGCAGUGGUCUAAGGCACUGCAUCGUAGUGCUAGCUGUGCCACUAGAGAUCCUGGUUCGAAUCCAGGCUCUGUCGUAGCCGGCCGCGACCGGGAGACCCAUGGGGCAGCGCACAAUUCGUCCAGGGUAGGGGAGGGAAUGGUGGGAUGUAGCUCAAUUGGUUGUGGGUUCGAUUCCCAUGGGGGGCCAGUAUGAAAAAUAAAUAAUGUAUGCACUCACUAACUGUAAGUCGCUCUGGAUAAGAGCGUCUGCUAAAUGACUAAAAUGUAAAUGAGAAGGGGGCAGAGGGAACACUUAUUCACUGACUAAUUAGGGGAUUAGAACCAGGUGUGUGUGAUUGACAAGACAAUUGUGAUGAUGAUUGGGGGGGCGGUGGUUAGUAAGCUGGUGACGCCGAAGCCUGCCCGAACAUACUCAGUAAGUAAAACAUUUCACAUUAGUGACUGAAGAAUUGCUGAGUGGUUAAAUUAAUAUCAGUGUAAAUACCACAUCUUCAACUGAGUGUUACAUUUUUUUUUGCAGGUGUUUGUUGUGAUAUAAAGCUGGAUCAGUCUACUCCUCAGGUGAAAAGACCUGGAGACACUGUUAAAAUAUCCUGUAAAAUCUCUGGUUUCUCAAUGAGUGGAUACUGGAUACACUGGAUGAGGCAGAACCCAGGCAAUGUCACAGGGUGGAUCGGGAGAAUGAAUAGCAACUCUCCAGUCUACUCAGACUCCCUGAAUGUCCAGUUCACCCUGACUGAGGACGUCUCCACAAGCAUACAGUUCUUAGAGGCCAAGAGUCUGCUCGAGAGAAACACUGACCACAGA